AUGGACGUGUUUGCAGUUUUGCAAAAGGCAAACUUCACGUCGCCUGACUUUAGCGCACACGCGUUUCUUACCCAGUUCCUCAAAAAGUAUGGGAAAGAGGCAGAGCACUUGGGCCCUGCCAUUGAUAGACUGAAGGCAGAUACCGACUACCUCCAGAAGAAGGAAACAGGAACGGAUUUAUCCACGAUAAUAGCUGCGUCGCGUUCUGCAGACUCCAUGGGACACUCCGUCACCCGUCUCAAUGGCCUCAUUGCCAAUUGUGUUACAUGUCAAGCACGCCUAUCAGAACUCUCUCAAUCUUGUGCCCAAGUGAUCUCAGCUAUGCAGAAGGAGUACAGGCAUGGAAAUGUGCAGGGUAUAUCUGGUGAAUUAAAUGAAGCGGAGGGCGAUAUCACAGGGCAUGAGGCUGAACCCAUGGGUCAACCUUCCUCUCAAGAGGCUGUGAUUGUAGCUGAUGCUAGGGAUGACGUUCUAUCGUUAACUCCAUUGGUAUCCUUCCGCAAUCUUGAGGCACAGGUGCGUCUUUGCAUUGCAGAAAACAGACUUGUCCAAGCCUAUGUUCUUCUUCAAUUGGCAGGAACAUUGGAUUUUUCCCAGCCUAUAGCCCCUCAUAGUAACAGCAUAUCCAUGGGUCACACUGUCUUAUCGAUACCAGACCUUAUCUCACGCGCCUCCUCUAACUUCGACAUUCCAGACAAUCAGCGAAUUUCUGUUCGCAAUCUCGAGAAUCAAUUAAAGCAGUGCUUUGUUACGCAGGCAUCCAACUUCCUUCUUACUGGGGAUGCUACUACUUUUGACUCAUUUAGAAAUAGUUUAAUCUUUAAACAAACGCGGUCCUUUAACAUCAAAGACACUGACUCCAUCAAUUCCCAUCACAUAACCAUUCUUAACGAUUACAUGACUAUAUUCACACGGCCAUCGGAUGCGGAGAAAGCGGUUGUUGCGGACUUCAAAAUUUUGAACGAAAGUGAGUCAUUCCUAUUGCCACGAGAAGACAAUCAAGAACCUGGGUCUGUUCUGACUCUUCAACGCACAAUUCUCCGCAUGAUUCACUAUCUGGGGAUUGGUGAAGCAAUAGUCAACAUCUAUCUCGGUGGCUCGUCACUCUAUGAUUGCUCAAUGUCAGCGCAACCAGCUAAGCUAAAGGUCUUUAACUAUAAAACAACGAAUCUAACCACCUUUGAAGUUAACUUUAUUACCAAUGUUGGUCGCAUGAAAGAUUCCAUAAACAGAGCUCUCAUGUUUAUCAAUCUGUUGGAGCCGUACACAGAUGCGGAGAUUGUUCACCGCUUAAACUCCAAGGUGUUUCUCUGGGCGCAGGACACCAUAGGCAAGAUUUGUGCUCAGUUGACAGGUAGCUACAAAAGCUUUCUUGCAUCCUACACCCCCUCUGUUCUCCAGCAAUCCUUUUCCUCGCUCAAUGACAUCCUCAAGCAAACGUAUGAUCUGCUCACAUCCGACUUGUUCACAGGGUUGGGAUUGGCAACCCACUUUCGGAAGACUAUCACAGGUCUUAUCAGCAGCCUCCUAUCUGCAACAGCUAAGUACUUUGAGCUAAGCGAUUUGUGUGCCUACAGGACUUAUGAAUAUUCUAUAGUAACCAAAGAAAUAGACGAUGUAUCCUUGACCUUCUAUCAGUUUCUACCGGUAACCACAGAAACAAUAGUCCAACUCAACAAUGGAUUUACCUUUGCAGAUGGGUACUGGCAUGAUCAUCGGAUUAAUAAGCGGUCAAGUGCAAACACUAGUCGGUCAAGUACGGUAAAGCCGCCCUGUGUUAAGCUAGCUAAGUUCCAGACAUUCCCCUAUCUGAAUCUUCUCUUAUGCAUCGAGCAGCUUCUUCCCUUUCACGAUCUCCUUGGUAAGCUUCUUGUUACCGUCUUUCCAGAUCUGAUUGGAGGGGAUACCAAUUCUGCUACAGGUCCUGGUGGGGUAGCAGCCCAGGCAGACGCAGAGACAGCUCGGGAGAGACUGUCCAUAGAUAUGUCCUACAGCUUGUCCAGCAGUGUAUCGUUAGAAGACGUACUCGAGCCGUUUAUUCGCGUGAAGUCUAAGGAUGCACCGGUCCAACUGGUGACCCUCCUCAACACUGUCAUGCCAAUCUUUGACAUCGUAGCGGCCACACUUAGUUUCGUUAAGAGCAUAUAUGUCUCGUACGCAAAUCUCAUAGACUUCAAGGUCCUUGUACCAGACCUGCGCCGGAUAUUCUCUGGUUUGACAGCAAAAAUAAUGGAGUACAUGGUUGCAAAGCUGGGUGAGGUAGAUCUAUCCUUGGCAGGUAUUGAGCGUGCAAAGAGCUCCAUAGCGUCUCAGGGCAUAGCAUCAGCUGCAAGAAACGUGACAGAGUAUCAGUACAACUAUGGAUAUGCUCUCAUUUCUUCCAUUUGUUUUAUGAUUGCUACGGUCAUCCCAUCUAGCGCUAAUAAUUUGCGCUCCAUGCUAAAGAAACAGCUCGACCCGAUCACUAUUAAUGAUUACUUCUUUGUUUUGCGUGACCUUUACCGCUGUUCUUCUAGAUCACUUCAAUCUGUGAUCAAGCACGUAAGCACAGCAAUUAUCAAGGAUGUUCUCUCUCUUCCAGAAGUGACUCAAGCAUUUAGGCAGGCCAGUGUACAAACGUCAGCUGCAGCUUCUCCUCUGCCUUCUAAUCUGGCGCUAAGGAUAGCAGCCACCUUCAAUUCCUCUCUUGCCAGAUUUGCAUCUGCAAUGCCCUAUUUGCUUAUGGCGUUUAUUGGAAAGACUGCGCUUCAGGGGCUUGCAGAUGCCUUCACAGCCCAAGCAAAGGCCCGAGCAGACAAAUUGCUUCCGUGUCAGCUUCAGGUAGAUCUAUCUAGCAUUGUUUUAGCAAACAGUUCACCACUACUUAAGUCCAUAUUUGGUCCCCUGAUCGGCGCCGAAGAGCAGAGAAUUGCAUCACUGGGCAGUAGAGGCAUUGUGCCAGGUAUUGAGAAUGAGCUGUUUACUUUCUUAAGUGUCUUAGAGUAA